AUGGAGUCUAUGGCCUUCAAUGACGUGAAACCAGCGUGUAUCGAAUUAUCUAGGUUUGCAUUUCUACCAACAGAAAAUUUCGACCCGAACUCAAAAGACCUUCUUGGUGCAUUAAUUAAACUUGAAGGUCAAUUGUCCAAAUAUCAAGAUGGUUCCUUAUCAACAAGAUUAGCCGAUUAUAUUUUUGUACCCAUAUCAAGUUUAUUGAAGCAAAAAGCAUUAGGUGACCAGCAAACAGAACAAAUUAUUUUAUUACUUUACCAUUUGCUUCGGCUGUGUUGGUCUUCUGAUGGAACAUUCCCGCAGGCUUUGGCAAAGCAAUUAUUCCCUCUCAUUACAUUCUUAAUUAGUCCUGAUAAAGAGAAUAAGAAGCUAAAAAACAGGGCAAGUGAGUUUAAGAAUAUAGCAGUUAAGACAUUAUGCCAAUUCUUCAAAUCAUUAAAAGCACAGCCAUACCAUUAUGUGUUUUUCCUUAACGAAGAGGGUUCUCCAUUAUUUAGUCUCGGUCAUGGGAUUACCAUUUUGCUAGAUAUUAUUCUAGAAAACCCAACAGAGUCUGCAUUGCAAAUUCACGCAAUUCGAGCACUACGAAUUUUAUAUCACGAUAUUAUAAAAGAUGGAGAAAUAUUAUCAUUUGUCCUUCCAGGAAAUGUGUCAACAUUUGCGAAAGUAUUAUGUGCACCUGGUAUAACUGUUCACUCUAAAGUAGUACUCGAGGUACUGUCUCUAUUGGGGUCCCUUUUGCAGGUAGUUUAUGAUGAUAUGAUAUUGGAAGUCAAUCUAGUUGAUAAAAUCACAGAUUUAAAAGACUUGAACAUUGAAGAUAAUAUGGAAGAGGAAGAGUUUGGUAAUCUUGGUACAAAGGUGAUUAUUGAAGAGACCAAAUUUCAAGAUUUGGGUAAAAAUCGUCAUAGAACUACUAGUUGGUUGAGAGGCACAUCUGGACAAGUCAAACUUGCUCUACAAAGUUUUAUACCGAAACUUAUUCAAAGAGAAAAUAAGCAGAUUGAGGUAGCAUUGGCAGAGUUUGUUUCCAAAUUACUAGAGAGGUGUGAAAAGUCUUUGAAUAAUUGCGAAGUAUUAUUUAUAAAAACUUUGCUAGAUUUACGAUUGGAUCCAAACUAUUUGAUAAACAAUCAUAUAAACGUGUUGAAAAAUAUUUUAAUGGAUGAUGUUAACAAAUUAAAUGACUAUGUACAAUUUGAAAAUAUCAGAAAGAUAAAUUCUCUCCGAUUUGCAAUAAACAUUAUCUCAGAAAGAGAAUCAAACCCUGCUUGGCUAUUAGAGAUUACUUCCAAAUUAGUAGCUUGUUUAACAUAUAUUCCUAUGGAGAAACAAUAUUCUUUAAAACUGCGAAAGGAAAAAAAGAUAGCUGAACAAAACAGUAAUAUUAUAGUAAGUGGUAUGAAACCCUUUGAUGAGAUACGAUCUAAUACGCUGGUGAGUAAAGCUGAAUAUUUACCUACUUCUGAAAAGUUAAUACCGCAAGUGUCCAAGGAAAUGGAAGUUAUUAUUCAAAAUAUUAUCAAUACUCUUGGUUCAGUGCUUCGGAAAGAAAAUAAGCUGGAGACUGUUGUUGAUUAUUUAUUGAGUGAACGAGUAGAAAGCCCUGUAACUGAAAAAUCUAUGACAUUGUGGACUUCUACUCAGUUGCUUGUGGAAAACCAUGUGGUAGAUACAAAUAUGGACUCGUUCAUUAAUAUCGAUGGUUUUUCCCCGCUUAUCAAAUAUGAUACUUCAUGCUUUGCAAUUUUAGAGUAUUGUAACGAUUUUUUUCAGGAGAUAACAUUUUCAUUGGAAGGCCAAAUCAUGGAUAAAGAUCGAGAAAAUGCCAUAUGUAUAAUCUUAAAUUCUAUCACUUUGAUAUCUCGAAUAAUGAAAGAUGAUUUCGAAUCCGAACUGAUUGAUUAUUUAUACAUUAUUAUUGAUAAUUUGGCAUCUUCUUCAGCACGAGUGAGAGAAUUUGCCCAAAUUUGUUCCCUUUCCGUUGCGGAUGAACUUUAUGAUGGAUCUGUGGAUAAGUUAAUUUUGAACAAUGUGGAUUAUUUGGUGGAAUCGAUUUCGAUGAGAUUAAAUUCAGGGAUGAUAAACCAUGUUAGUGUUGUCCUGAUGGUAAUUUGCAAGAUUGCUGGGUUUCAAACUAUUCAAAGUUUCAAAGAUGUUAUUGAAACUAUUUUUAAAUUAUUGGAAUCUUACCAUGGAUAUUCUGAAUUAUGUUUAGAAUUUUUCCAAUUAUUUGAAGUUAUCUUGUUAGAAAUGAAGAAAGAAUAUUUGGUGGUUGGUGAUAUGGAUUCCAUAAAGAGAAUAACAAAUGAACGCAUAAUAACCAGUAGUUUUAAACCAUGGGGUCUUGAAAACAUUGAACAGGCUCUAGAAGCUCUUAAGACAUGGGAAACUUCUAAUAUUGAUUCGCAGGUGUCAGAUGACACAUUCGAUGAGAAUGAACCACGAAACUUCCAAGAAUAUUUCGACUCCAGAUUACGAGAAGUAGACAGUGAUGACGAAUCAGAUGUUGAUUCAACAUUUGAUAAGGAUGAGGAUAAAGGCGCUAAUGAUGAAGAGGAAGAGGAAGAGAAACAAGAAGAAAAAUGGGUCUCGCCCAUUCCACAAGAUGCAUACAAAAUCAUGCUCCAAAUUCUUGGAUAUGGUGAUAGAUUACUCACGCAUCCAUCCAAGCCAUUACAAAUACAAAUCUUGAAAGUGAUCAACCUUAUGAUUCCAAUGUUAUCCACGCAACACAACUUAUUAUUGCCACAAACUGCUCAAAUAUGGGAUGGUAUUGUGGACUGCGUGGUAAGGACAGACUAUAGUAUUGUGAAAGCUAGCAGUGAAUGUUUGCAAACGCUGAUACAUUAUUCUGGUGAUUUCAUAUCUAAACGAUUCUGUGAUUUAUGGGAGAAAUUGAACAAAGAAUCCUUUAUCUUGAGAGAUCUCAAAAGAAACAAUUCUAAUGAUAGAGAGGAUCAAUUUCAAGUUGGAUUCCAUGUAAAGUUCCCUCCUGUAACUCGAGAUGCAUUGGUAUCUGUUUCUAAUAUGCUAUUAGAAGGUAUAUCCAUUACUGAAAUGUUAAUAUCGGAGACUGUUAUUACGGAUAUGGUAUAUUGUUGUUUACACGUAUUACCAAGAGAGAAAAUUGCCAGUAAUUCUUUAGUUCUUGCGGAUAUUGUUUGGAGCAUUGUUAAUUAA